AAUAAACAUUGAUUGAUUCUCCAUGCUGAUCAUCAACAUUCGAUCGAAAUUAUUUUGGUGAAGCCGAAUCCCAUCAAGAAAGAAAAGGAAAAAAUGUCAUCAUUAUUGCUUGGAAAAUGUAUUUCAACUGCAAAAAAGAAUACAAUUCGUUUAUUGAUACCACAAUUAAAAUUUGAUACAUUUCUUAAUAAACAUUUUCGUGAAAAUGAAACGAUACUGGCACAUGAUCAACAAAAUAUCUGUAAUCCAGGUGAUUGGAUAUUGUUACGAAAAUUUGAUGAAAAAUUUCGUCUAGAUAUUGAUUAUAAAGUGGAAAAAAUUGUCUAUAAAUCUGGUGAUAUUAUCGAUCCAAUAACUGGUAAAAAAGCAUUAGGCUAUAAUAAUGUUGAUGAUUAUGAACGAUUAUCGAAAAUGUUUAAAUAAAAAUUCUUGUAAUCUAGCAAAAUGAAAAUAAUUUAUUUCA